CACAGUGGUACCGUCAAAGUGUAGUGGUACUUUGCGCCAUGCGUACGCCAAUCCUGGCACUAGUGCUUUCCUCGGUCAGUUUUUGUUACGAAGGUCCAUGGCAGCCGGUGGUGUACGAUUAUUAUCACAUAGAUUUGAGUGAACUCGGUGGACAUCCUCAUUUUGAAGUGCCUCACCAUCAUGGAGGUAAAACUCCUAUUCCAAGGGAUGCGAUUGUUGAUGUUAUUAAUGAGUUGGGGAUUAAAUUACUUGCGAUCCAUAAUGAGCGCAACGAAAACAACAUAGCCAUAUCGCCUUAUGGAGCUUUUAGCGUUCUAGCUGCCCUAACCGAAGGGCUCCAGGGCGAUGCUGCACAUGAAAUUUUGCAUGCAGCCCAUAUUCCUAAAGACAAACACGUUUUAAGGGUUGGUUUGAGAGAUAUUCACAGGCACUUGAAGAGCUACUUUAUCCCCGAAGAAGGCUUUUUGGCUGGUUUGACUUUGAAUUUGAAUAAUGUGACGCUCAAAAGUGAAUAUGAGGAUGUUUUGCAUUUUUAUGGGUUCGAUUAUGCAUCGUUUAAUAAUGCACUUUAUCCAGAACCACCUACUACGAAAAAACCUGCUGAAAGUACUACACUUGAAACUGGAUUGACUAUAUCAGAAGAGGAGACAACUGUCACAAUUACUGAGAAAACUAAGGAAAUUUCAACUAGAGUAGGUGGAUCAUCGUCUGAGAGAACCAUUGAAGACAUUACAACCACAACAGAAUUUCCAAUCACCAGUGUAUCAUCUAGCUUACCAACUACAACAGGUGAAACAACUACAACUCAACCUCAAGCAGCCACAACCACAGAAUUAUUUCCUACUCUGAAAUCCAUCACUACCACAAAUGAACCAUCAGAGACCACGACUGAAAAAAGCCCAGCUACUAGAACUUUCACAGCUACCACUACAACAACAAUACCAUCAACAGCCGCAACAGAAACCACAACAAAAAUAUCUGAAACAACAAUACUAAUCACUACACCAAUAGAAACUACAACUAGAAUUUCUGAAACAACAAUAGAAACCACAACAAAAAUUCCUGAAACAACAACACUAAUCACUACACCAAUAGAAACUACAACGAAAAUUUCUGAAACAACUACACCAAUAGAAACUGCAACAAAAAUUCCUGAAACAACAACACUAAUCACUACACCAAUAGAAACUACAACAAAAACUCCUGAAACAACCACAAUCAUUACCACAACUGAAACUACCAAACCACCUGAAACAACUACAAUAAUGACAACGCCUCAAGAUACUGAAACAACUACUACAACUAAACUUCCACCAACCACCACAGAAACUACAACUAGCCCAAUACGCACUACAAGAGAAGUUACUACAAUAAGCAUGAUGCCUGAAUUAACUACUGAAGCGCCGGCAACUGACGACCAAUUAUUGGAAACUACAACUCCAUUUUUCUUCGGAACAACUCCAGAGUUUCAAGAGACGCCUCAAAACGCAAACUAUGACUUCAACUACAAUAACUAUGACGCCAACAAUGUACCACCAGUUUACGAUGAAAAUAAUAAUGUUCCAGAAACUUUGGACAAUUUCAAAAGGCAAACCAGAUCUGUUGUGGACUAUGUCAUAGCCAGAUUCCAUGAUGGCAAUCAUCAUUAUGAUGCAGUACCACCUCCAAGACCACAAUACAUCCCCCAAGAACCUCUCACGUUUGCAGUUUAUGGCAAGUUUCGUGAGUCUGGCAUCAAUUUUAUGAAAUACGACACAGUUUUGCCGUAUUUCUACGUGCAAAACCUCAACGCUAUGGCCCUAAGUUUUCCACUGGAUAGUUCAAAGUACUACUUGUUGCUGUUGCUGCCAGUAGGAGACAAUGGAGUCGAUCAGUUGAUUUGCGAUUUAAGGUUGCACGGAAAUCUUCGGUAUAUUAUCGAUAAUUUAAAAUUGACGCAUGUGGUGGCUACCAUACCCAGUUUUAUGCUUAAGGGAUAUGUAACUUUGACACCAGCAUUGCAAAGGCUUGGAAUUCGUAAGAUCUUUGAGCCACGUCAAGCGGAUUUUAGUCCAAUGACCAACGAAACCGAUAUUUAUGUUACCAAUAUAGAACAAGCUGUAACAGUUACUAUAAGAAAUUAUUUGGAUCCAUCUUCUCAACGUUAUAAGAAUUUCCAACAGUAUCCGCCAGUUUAUUUUAAAGCGGAUCAUCCCUUUUUGUAUUUCGUAAUAGAUUCUGAACUUCAUGUAGCGCUAAUGGUAGGUAAAGUAAUUAAUCCGCUUAAUUCUAGAAUUAGAUGAGGAUUUUUUUCUUGGAUUGUAUUAUAGAUAGAAGCCAUAUUGUACAAAAUAUAAUAAAAGUUUUGAACAAAU